AUGAACAACGACUCAUUCCACUACUUUUCGCAGCUGCCUCUAGAACUACGCCGUCUCAUCUGGACGCACUGCCUACCGCAUCGUAUAGCCGAAGAAGACACCCCCGACUUCCUUCUCGACGGCAACGAAUCGCGUCAAGCCUGCUGGGCCGACCGCAUAACGCACCAAAACGCUCAGCUGCCGGCCAUCGCAUUCGUCAACAGCGAGUCGCGGCAAGUGACGCUAGAAGAGGGACGCUGGCUGGACCUGCAAGAGACGACGAGCCUGGAGUCGAUCUGGGUGCAGCCGCGUCGGGAUGUGCUGCAUCUCAACUGGACGCGACUGCGCUACAAUGUCUGGGGAAACGCUGACGACCCUUCGAGUCCACUCGCCAUGUUCCUGUGGCGGGCGGAGGACCUGGGGAUGCAGCCGUCUGUCGUGGCGGAGAUCAUUCACCCGUUUAGCUUGAAGGCGCUGUUGGAUGGCGGCGCGGAUGACGCAGAUGACGCGGAUGACGCGGAUGAGUCCAACAGCCCGUGGCUUCUCUAUCACCACGGAAGAAAUAAAGACGUGGCCGACAUUGCAUAUUGCGCAGAAAGUCAAAGCAGGCUAGACAUCGCCAUGGCGGCGGGAACACGCAUCGGAAAAGGAACCGGCCGUGCAGGCGCUCUUCGAAGCAUUUACCAGUUCUCGAUUCCAGACGGCCGUGGAAGCAUGGAAAAGAGAAGCGGAAUGGAUCCUCUUCGCGUACAUGUGGCAGCGAGCACGAAUGGACAACGUCGACAUCCUUGGGACGGACCCGGGCUCCGCGUGGGUCCCUUACCUCUCGGAGCAAGAGUUCCUCAGGAUGUCUGA